AUGGUGGCGAGGGAGAGUUGGCCCAGAGUCGGCGGGAUUAUUUGGCGGAAUUAUGUGACCAGUGUAGGACUCAUUUGCAAAGCUGCCAUUGCUCUCGGUAUCUGCUCUUUGCGCGUCAAAGGUCUAUCCACUCUCGACACCGCACUACAUAGCCAACACAGACAAGGCAUUCUGACUGUUUCAAACCACAUCUCCACCGUUGAUGACCCUUUAGUUUGGGCUGCUCUUCCACUCCGGUACUAUCUCAGUUCCACCACCACCAGAUGGACGCUCGGUGCUUCUGACGUCAUGUUUACCAAUCCUAUCUUUUCAACCUUCUUUCGUCUCGGUCAGACCCUCGAGACCUUCCGCGGCAAGGGUGUUUACCAGCCCUCCGUGGAUGCUGCCAUACAGAAGCUUAGUGAUGGGCAAUGGAUACACCUCUUCAGUGAGGGCAAAAUAAAUCAGCCAAACACAUACUCGAUAGACUCUCGCGGUUAUGCCCAUUUACCUCGCUUUAAAUGGGGCGUGGGUCGCAUUCUUAUGGAGGCGCCUAUACUUCCCGUCAUCAUCCCAAUGUGGCUCACCGGUUUCGACAGACUGAUGCCAGAAGGACGAACAUUUCCCUACAAAUAUUUUCCUCGACCUGGUGUUGAGCUUACUAUCACCUUUGGGGAUCCAAUACCAGCUAAAGACAUUACAAGUUGUUUGGAUACCUGUAUUUCCAACCGGCCGGAAAGGUUAACUGCUGGGACAUCAGAAGCGACCUUCGAGGCUUCCAAGGCUAGAGUUGCAGUGACCACUCUCAUCCACCAAAGGGUGGAAGAACUCGGGAGGGCUGUUUCUGGAAACGAACUGGGUGCUCCCUUGUCAUCGCCACACCAAUAG